AUGGCCUUUUUGAGGCCCAGCUCUUCCAUCGGGACUACAAAAUUUGUACUAAUAUUUCUGUGUUUGUUUAUUCUAUCGUCAGGGAAUGUCGUCAACUCUCUACAAUACGACCAUUCGUCAAGCAUUGAGUGCUUGAUCGAUCCCCUCAAGCCUCAAUAUGGAGGAGGCAUCAUACGCAAUCCAGAAUUUAACCAAAGCCUCAAAGGUUGGUCUACCUUCGGAUAUGCAAAUAUAUCGACAACGAAAUCUGAAACCAUGAACUACUUUGCCAUUGCUACUCAUAGAAAGCACCCCCAUCAAAGUAUUUCUCAGAAGCUUUACCUUCAAAAGAGGAUGUUCUACACCUUCUCUGCUUGGGUGCAGGCUAGUGAAGGGCAAGGUGAUGUGAGGGCUGUAUUCAAGACUGGAGAAGAUUUCAUCCAUGCAGGUGCUGUGGAAGCCAAGUCUGGAUGCUGGUCUAUGCUUAAAGGAGGCCUCUCUGUCGAGGCCUCGGGUCCUGCUGAGCUCUACUUCGAGGUGAUAAUUGAUAGAUAUACAUUCACAAAUUCUGACUAUAACAGGAAGAUACUACUAUGAAACAAAAGGUGAAUGCU